AUGGAACCCGAUCAAUUGAAGGAGGAGAAGAUUAAUCUGAUCGAAGAGGAUCUCGAUGCCAUCCCCGAGCAGAAGGAGUACUCGGCUGUGGCCGAGGUGCUGGCCGAGUCGAUCGUCGCGGCCGAGAGCUUCUGGCACGCCACAGUCCGCUAUCUCAACUCCUUCGAUCAGCGACAUGCGGUGACGCAGAGAGCGUGGGAGAAGACGGCAGAGGUGGGUGGCAUGGCGAUGGCCAACCCCUAUGUGGCGAGCGCGGUGACAACGGUGACCGAGGGCGUCGAGCUCGCCAACACCAUCUACGCACAGACCCUGGAGCUCAUCCAGGAGAAGCGUCGCGGCCUCGCCGACAGCUUCUCUUCUUCUUCCUCGACCUCGAGUUCGACCUCUGCCGACGCCGACGCCGAAAGCCACAACUCUGUGGUGGUCGCCGUACACACCAACGACGACGAUCUGCACUACGAGCAGCUGCAGCAGGAGGAGCAGCAUGAGCAGGAGCAGCAAGCGUCGACUGAGCCAGAGGCGCUCGCGCUCGACAUUCAAGUCAAUCAUUGA